CGUCACGUGACGCGGCCCGGAAGCCGCGAGCCCCGGCAGCUAAGGGGGAUGGCAGGGGCUCCGCGCUGAGGCGAGGACAGGUGGGCUGCGCCGAAGCGGGAGCCGGAGUCGGAGCUCGAGCGCUACCAUGUCCACGCAGAGACUUCGGAACGAGGACUACCAUGACUACAGCUCCACGGACGUGAGCCCAGAGGAGAGCCCAUCCGAAGGCCUAAACAAUUUCUCUUCCCAGGGCUCCUACCAGCGAUUUGGGGAAAGCAACAGCACAACAUGGUUCCAGACUUUGAUCCACCUGUUAAAAGGCAACAUUGGCACUGGACUCCUGGGACUGCCUCUGGCCAUAAAAAAUGCUGGCAUCUUGAUGGGUCCCCUCAGCCUGCUGGUGAUAGGCCUCGUAGCUGUGCACUGCAUGGGUAUCCUGGUGAAAUGUGCUCACCACUUCUGCCGCAGACUGAACAAGCCUUUUGUGGACUAUGGGGAUACAGUGAUGUACGGACUGGAAUCCAGCCCCAGCUCCUGGCUCCGGAACCAUGCACACUGGGGAAGGCACAUUGUGGACUUCUUCCUGAUCGUCACGCAGCUGGGAUUCUGCUGUGUCUACUUUGUCUUUCUGGCUGACAACUUUAAACAGGUGAUAGAAGCAGCCAAUGGGACCACCAACAACUGCCAUAACAAUGAGACAGUAAUUCUGACGCCCACCAUGGACUCGCGACUCUACAUGCUCACCUUCUUGCCCUUCUUGGUGCUGCUGGUUUUUGUCAGGAACCUCCGAGCCCUGUCCAUCUUCUCUCUGUUGGCCAAUAUCACCAUGCUGGUUAGCCUGGUUAUGCUCUACCAGUUCAUUGUCCAGAAUAUCCCAGACCCCAGCCGCCUUCCCUUGGUGGCGCCCUGGAAAACCUACCCUCUGUUCUUUGGCACAGCCAUUUUUGCAUUUGAGGGCAUUGGGAUGGUUCUGCCCCUUGAAAAUAAAAUGAAGGAUCCCCAGAAAUUUCCACUCAUCCUGUACGUGGGAAUGGCCAUCAUCACUGCCCUCUACAUCAGUCUGGGGUGUCUGGGGUACCUGCAGUUUGGAGCUAAUAUCCAAGGGAGCAUAACCCUCAACCUACCCAAUUGCUGGCUGUACCAGUCGGUCAAGCUGCUGUACUCCGUCGGCAUCUUCUUCACCUAUGCCCUCCAGUUCUACGUCCCGGCUGAGAUCAUCAUCCCCUUCUUCGUGUCCCGCGUGCCCGAGCAUUGGGAACUGGUCGUAGACCUGUUCGUGCGCACCAUGCUGGUCUGCAUGACAUGCAUCUUGGCCAUCCUCAUCCCCCGCCUGGACCUGGUCAUCUCUCUGGUGGGGUCCGUGAGCAGCAGUGCGCUGGCCCUCAUCAUUCCACCCCUCCUGGAGAUCACCACCUACUACUCGGAGGGCAUGAGCCCCCUCACCAUCGCCAAGGACGCCCUGAUCAGCAUCCUGGGCUUCGUGGGCUUUGUGGUGGGGACAUAUGAGGCCCUCUAUGAGCUGAUCCAGCCCAGCAAUGCUCCCAUCGUCAUCAACUCUACCGGUGCCUUUGUAUAGCAAUUUGGGUGCAUUCCCUGCAGCUGCCCACCUCACCCACCCUGUGCGUUCCCCAGCACCUGGCCCUAGAGCCUCAGGUAGGGGCCAGGCUCUGGGGAAAGGCAAGGUUGCUGUCGGGGAGCCCCUCCACCUGACACUUCAGUAUCUGGGCCAGGUGGGGCCGAGGGCAGGAGAGAGAGUGGGUAGUGGAUAUGCAGAGGUCACUCUUAGUGGCCGUGCCAUCCCUGUUCAUUUGUACUUAAUUUAACCCAGAACUUUUCAACUUUUUUCCCUCUUGAUGUCUCUUCCCUUACCUGCCCCCCCCUUUUGACCCACCUCACCCAAAUUAUUCCUGUUGCACAGCUCACUUUAUUUAAAAAUCUUAGCACCUCCCACCUCAUGUUUUCUCCUUCCCAGGCCCAGGCCUGGAUUAAAUGAGUGGGAACCCCUACUCCUUAUAAGGCUGGGCCUAUCUCUUUCUCAGACCUCUCCCAAAUAUUUUACCUCAGUAUCCUCCUACCUAUUCAAGUCUCCAGGAGGUGUCUGGACCUACCUAGUAGUUUAAAACCAGGCCCCAAAGCUGGAGCUUUUAAUCUUUACUCUCUCUGGCUUGUGACCAUCGGCAACACCGUGUCCGAUUUCCUCACUUGGGUCACAGUGUUAUGUUCUUAGUUGCUUUAGCUUCUGGAAGAUACCGAGUGCUGCCUAAAUUGAAAAUAUUUAUAUUUUAUUUAAAAUCAGCUUUUGUUUGUAGACUCUGUCUCUAGAUCUGGGGUUAUUGUGACUUGUUCCUUCCUCAGUAAACUUCUGCUAGGCUUCUCCUGCUGAAAAGAAACUUGCUCCAGGAAAUGUGUGCUUAGGUCCUCAGCACUCUUGGCUGAGUACCCCAAAGGUUUUAAUCAGGAUCAUCUCAAUGUGUACCUCUGUGGGGAGGCGUGCACUCUGCCUCCCACUGACCAGCCUGAUUUCAUAUUGAGGAGAUACGAAGGACUCAGGAUAUGUUUGCCAACGCACAAGGCCAAGGAAAGGAUGGCUGAGUGGGAUGUGCUUCUGUCCCCAGGAGGCUUCUAAAAUGGUCACUUUGUGCAUUCAGGCCUGUUUUUCAGCCUCAGUUCCUGACAGGCACAGGGCAUGGUAGCAUUCAGUUGCCAGCAUGUCAGGAAGACACUCACACUUUGCCGUGUUUGAGGAGAUGAGGCCAGUGUGCACAGAGAGCAUGAAAUUAAGUUCAGAGAGUUAAGAAGCAGCUGGUCGGACACUAUGUGUGGUGCUUGGUUGUUUACAAUCAACAGGGGCAGGGCAGAAGCAGUGCCCCGUCCCGAGCUGCCUCCAUGACCUAGACUUCUAAAGGGAACCACUUGGUGUAGGGACUUCGGUCCCCUGUGUUCUAAACACUAAUUGUGACCCCGUCCCUCCCCUGCAUGCCUCAGGGUUGGCUCACCUCAAGGUCAGCCUUCAGAUUUGGGAACAAACUGCAGAGCAAGCAGAGAAAGGUGCAUUGCCUUGCUUUUGGCUGCCUCUUCUCCCCUCUUGGUGUGAGAACUAUUUCAGGAGGGCAUUCAUUAGCUCUCUAUCCCCUGAGCUGUGUGUGUGUGUGUGUGUCUGUGUGUGUGUGUGUGUGUUCAUACACGGAAUAGAGAUGCACUCUCCUCCACCCCGUCCCCAAGCUCUUGCCUCCUUAGAGAUGCAUUCAUCCUGCAAGUUAGAGAGCAGCACAACUUCAUCAAGGGUCUUUUUUUUUUUCU